AUGGGGUAUGAUGUAACCCGUUUCCAGGGGCACAUUGAUGAGGACCUUAUUUGCCCUAUCUGCAAUGGAGUCUUGGAGGAGCCAGUGCAGCAGACAUGUCCUGUAGACCAUAGCGUUGUCACAGUUGCCCAUCUGCGUCCUGUACCUCGGAUCAUGCGGAACAUGUUGUCAAAGCUACAGAUUGCCUGUGACAAUACUGUAUUUGGCUGCAGUGCUCGUGUCAGGCUUGACAGCCUCAUGUCCCACCUCAGUGACUGUGAGCACAACCCAAAGCAGCCUGUGACCUGUGAGCAGCACUGUGCCCUGGAGGUGCCCAAAGAUGAACUGCCAAACCACAGUUCCAUUAAGUACCUGUGCUCCAUGGUCCAGCAGCAGCAGACACGCAUCUCAGAGCUGGAGAAAACAUCUGCUGAACACAAGCACCAGCUGGCAGAACAGAAUCAAGACAUUCAGCUGAUGAAGGUGUAUAUGCAAGCCAUCCACAGUGGCAAACCCAACGUUCAGAACCUGGAGGAGAUAAUUGAGUACAAUGAACCGCCUGCAGGAGUGAUCUGCUGUGAAGGGAUGAUCUCCACUCCUGGCACUGUGCUCCAAACUGUAAUCAAGCACUCUCUCGUAGAAAGUGGCUGCCCAGCCUCUACUGUCAAUGAGCUGAUCGAAAGUACCCAUGAAUACAGUGGGCCUCAAGGCCUGACCACACUAGAGACAAGACAGAUGAACCGGCAUAACUAUGAGAACUAUGUGGCCAAGAGCAUCCUUGGCAAGCAGGCUGUAUUGGGAUUGUCCUCCAAGAACCAUCACAUGGGUAACUACGUGGUGCAGGACCCAGGGCUCCUCAUGAUAUUUGCACAUGGUACAGAGGAGAUAUAA